UGGAAAAAAUCGUAUAUCACGAACAAAAAGUCCGACGCAAAUUUUGAAAAUAAAGAAAACACGACGAUUAAAAGCGAACGAUCGUGAACGAAAUCGUAUGCAUAUGUUAAACGAGGCUUUAGAUCGUUUACGAUGUGUUUUACCCGCAUUUCCGGAGGAUACAAAGUUAACCAAAAUUGAAACACUCCGUUUCGCGUAUAAUUAUAUUUAUGCACUUAGUCAAACUUUAGAUGGAAUUGAUAAUCCAUUAUCCAAUUUUGGUGUGACAAAUUUUCAACAAACUAGCGAUAGUGUUAUUAUAAAUGUGGGCAAUGUAACAGUGGAAAUAUCGAAUUCGGGAACGAAUUCGAUAACAUCUACAACUUGUGGAUAUUUUUCACCACACCAAAAAUUAUCAACAGCGGUUGUAACGAAUGGAAGUAUAACGAAUGCAAGUUUUAUGCAAGAUUUAAUUCAACCGAGUAUGGAACAAUUGAACACGACAAUGGCUUUGGAUACAUACAGGAGCUAUGGGCCACAACCAUUAUCCGCUACAAAUGGAAUGCAAUUGCAACAAUAUACGUCAUCGUUAGCGAAUGAUAUUGAAACACAGUAUAAUUAUACUAAAAUGAAUUGGAAUAAUUAUAAAAAUUGGAAUGAAUCAAGGAAUAUGGAAUAUGGUAUGACGACGUAUAGCGGGGGUACAACGUCUCAGUUUAAUUGUUUGUAGAAAAA